AUGGGGCCUCGUGGCGGGGAGACGGGGCAGUGGGGGCCUGGCCGGAUGGGCCAUCGGACAGUUGUGCUGCUCCGCCGGUACAUCAGCAGCCUCAGCUUACACGAUCCUACCCUGUUUAAUUAUGGAGCAGGUGAUCUCCAGGAGCACCUGCUGGACGUGGACGGCCCCGCCGACGGCGCCGGGGCGGCGCAUCCCAAGAUCCGGGUGCGCGGGCUGCGUCGGCUGGCGGACGCGACGGGCGACGAGAUCCUGCGGGGCGUCGACCUGGACGUGCCGCGCGGCGUGGUGAUGGGCGUCAUCGGGCCCAGCGGCAGCGGCAAGUCCACGCUGCUCCGCGCGCUCAACCGCCUCUGGGAGCCCGCCCCCGGCGCCGUCCUUCUCGACGGCGCCGACAUCCGCGGCAUCGACGUCCUAGCGCUCCGGCGCAGGGUCGGCAUGCUCUUCCAGCUCCCCGCCAUGUUCGACGGAACCGUGGCGGACAACGUGCGCUACGGGCCGCAGCUGCGCGGCAAGAAGCUCACGGAAGCCGAAGUGAAGAAUCUGCUGAGCAUGGCCGAUCUGGACCCUGCUCUGUCCUCCAAGCCGGCCUCCGAGCUGUCCGUCGGCCAGGCGCAGCGCGUCGCCUUGGCCCGGACCCUCGCCAACGACCCCGAGGUGCUGCUGCUGGACGAGCCGACGAGCGCGCUGGACCCCAUCUCCACGCAGAACAUCGAGGAGGCGAUCGUGCGGCUGAAGAAGGCGAGGGGGCUCACCACGGUGCUCGUCUCCCACAGCGUGAAGCAGAUCCAGCGCAUCGCCGACCUGGUGUGCCUCGUCGUCUCCGGCGAGAUCGUCGAGGUGCUCGCGCCGUCCGAGCUGUCCGGCGCCAAGCACCCCAUGGCCAGGCGCUUCUUGGAGCUCAGCAACUGAUGGCCCGGCCGUCGAGUCCAUUUGCUCCGAGUAAGAGGAAGGAGUACAUGUGAACUCGGAUUUGUAACUGUAAUCCUGAUCUGCAAUGUUUUCAAGUGUACACUCUCUGAAAGUAAACAUGUGUACAAGAAGUACCUUUCUUCGAUAGCUAAGAUAGCUAAGAGUAAGAGCAAAAGUAAGUGAAUUGACGGUCAUCCUAAUAGAAAGAGUCAACAGUUACUCGUC